AUGUCACGAGCAGCAAAAGAUAACGUGAUGUUGUCCACAGAUGAACAGGAAAUUUGGGCAGCCAUUGAAUACUGGACAAAACAGCUGAAACAGGUUGAGAAAUUACUAUUCCCAGUCACUCUCAACAUAUUGUUUACGCUAAUUGUUUGGAUUGGUGUGUAUCAAACGAAAACGGAUUCGAAUUCUGUCUUCUACUAUAUGCUCGAUCCAAAACAUAACCAUACAACCGGAAAUGAAAUCGUUGAUGGAAUGGUAAAUGGAAUCGGAUGUGUGCUUAUGCUAGCUGUGAUAAGUUUUGCGUUACUCGCUAUGGCACUAUAUGAUUACAAGCGUUUGGUUCAGAUGUGGUUGUACAUGUCCUGUCUACUCAUUAUCUUCGGUGUCUUUACUUCAUUCAUAAUAGAUUUAUUCAAAGCAUGUGGCUUCCAAAAUGCUCCUCCAAUACUCACAACAAUCAUUGUUGUUACGUAUGGUACCGUCGGUAUUCUCGUAUUCUUCACCAAAAAAACCCCGCUUUACAUGCAUCAAUUUUAUGUCAUUUCUAACUGUUCAUUGGUUUCCGUAUUUUAUCUUCGAAUGUUUCCUACACAUACCGCUUGGUUUGUAUUGGUAUGCAUUAUUGUUUGGGAUGCAUUUGCGGUGCUGGCACCUAUCGGUCCAUUACGACGUAUUAAUGAAAAAGCUCACGAAUACAGCGAUCAAGUAUUGCGAUUUCUGAUGUUUACAGCUGAGGACACAAAUGAUGAGCCAUGUGAAGAAAUCGCAUUACACAAAUGUAUCAACGAAUUGAAGCAGCAAAAAGCAAAAGAAAGCCAUAAUAAAAAGCCUUUUGUAACAAAGUUGAAUUCGGAAGCGACGCAUAAAUGUAUUCGACGACGUAAAACAGCAUGUUCAAAAAAUGACAUACCAGUUGAAAUAGUUCAAAAAAUUUGCGCGAAGUUUAAAAUAACCAACGAUCGAAGAAGUGAUGAGACAAAUUUUACAGUCUAUGAUGCUUUGAAUGAUGGCUCAUCAGUUCGUCUUGGCAUGGGUGAUUUCGUUUUCUACAGCUUGUUGGUAGGCAAAGCUGCCGCAACACAUAGUGCAAUGUGCGUUGCUGGUUCAAUAGUUGGUAUACUGGUCGGACUGGUAAUUACUUUGACGAUAUUUUCCAGCGACGAAACCAGUCCAGCAUUACCCGUUUCAAUUACUAUUGCGUUACUGUUGCAUUUCGGAAUCUAUCUAUUUGUUGAACCAUUCUAUAAUCAAAUUGUGAUCACUCCAAAAUUGUUCAUUCUUUUGUAA